UAAAUCCAGAAUUCAAGUCGUUUAAAUGGAAAUGGAUCCAUAAAAGAGGAUGCAAAUACCACUGGUGUCACCCUAAAAAGGCCAUCUUCAGCACCACCAAUGGCCUGUGUUCUAAAACAGACGAUUACCAGGCCUUCAAUUACUGAUACGUCAAAAAAACAGAAGAUCACCAUCAGGAUUCACAAUAAAUUGCCUGCUCGUCAGACUGUGUCACAGCCUGACUUUCUUAUCAGUGCUGUGGAGGAUGUAGAUCUCUACAAGGCUCUUCCUUCAUCCACAAUUACAAAUUCGUUGCAGAUACCUGGAGCUAUGCCUCCAGUCCCUGGAGAAGUCAUCAAGGAAUCCCUCACAGCCAGCCAGUUGAACAGCUUGUCAGAGGAAAUAAGUGUCCCGGGACCUCCGAAAUCUACUGAGAAUGAUGAAUGCCUUGAACAGUACCAAUGUGAUGACCGUGGAGACAAGGAGAAACCAAGAAGAUCAAAAGAACAUAAACUGAUUUGAAAAGAAAAUGUUUUCUACAUCAAAGAGUCUUCUGAGACUGCUAUUACAGAUAGAUGCCAAGAUAGAAAGGAUGAAAC